UCUUCCUCUCACUUUCUUCUCUCUUUCACUCUUCACACGUCCGCCAUGACGACGCGUCGUUUAAUACUUUAAACUUCUAUCAACACAAGCUCUUCUUUCGGUUCCCUUUCUCUUUGUUUUUUCCUUUUUAAUUUGUUUUGGUAUUCCAUCUAAAUUCUGUGUCUGUUGAAGUAUGGGAAACGGUUUUGGUAAACUCACCGUGUGCUUCACGGGAGGCGAACAUGCUCGCCGACGAAACGAUGUAUCAGUUUUAAUAUCUGACCCGCUUGAUGAAGGUCUGGGACACUCUUUCUGCUAUGUUCGACCCGACCCGACUCGGUUAUCAUCCUCCAAGGUUCACUCUGAAGAAACGACGACCUUUCGCACUAUUUCCGGUGCUUCCGUCAGCGCGAAUACGUCCACGCCGCUCUCCACGGCCUUCCUUGAUCCGUACACUUACAGUAGUUUUGACCGUGCGGCGGCUUUUGAUUGCUCUAAUAACUUCUCUUCGAUUCCUCUGCAGCCGAUCCCGAAAAAUCUGAUCAACUCGGGUCCGAUAUUCCCGGGUAACUAUAAUUCGGGUCCUUUGGAGCGAGGUUUCUUGUCGGGUCCGAUUGAGAGAGGGUUCUUGUCUGGACCACUCGAUCGCACCGGGUUGUUUUCGGGUCCGAUUGAGAAGGGUAGCUCCGACGAACAAUUUCAACGGAGUUUUUCCCAUUCGGGUUAUAAUUUCCGACCCAGAUCACGAAAACGGUCAUUGAUUCGGGUCCUUCAGAGAGCGAUAUCGAAAAGGAUUUCUCGCGGCCAGAACUUGAAUUCAAUUGUAACUCCGAUUAAAGGAAUGGCUUCGGUUAAAGAACCCGAGUGGAUUAUCGGGUCGGAUAAGAACCAAAACGAUAAUAAUUUAACGGUGAGUAGCGACGGUAGUUUAUUAGAAGACGAUGAUUCUCAAGAGUCUCAAAAUCUUCAAUGGGCUCAAGGCAAGGCUGGGGAAGAUCGUGUUCACGUGGUGGUUUCGGAGGAACAUGGUUGGGUUUUUGUUGGGAUUUAUGAUGGAUUCAACGGCCCUGAUGCUCCUGAUUAUCUUUCAUCUAAUUUGUAUUCAUUCGUUCACAAAGAACUUAAAGGUUUAUUGUGGGACGACAAGUUUGAACCGAUUCCAAGCACAGCAGCUACACAAGAUGAUUCUGGAAAGAGUUACGUGACUGAAGCUGAUUCUUUGAAGAAUUGUAGUGGAGAUUCUUGUUCACAGUGUGUAGAUUUUGAUUUUGAUUGGAAUUCGAAGCGAGGUAGACACAAGAAGUUCAGGAGUAGUUACAGAGGGGCGGCCAAGAAAUGGGAAGAGAAUCAAAGGAGGUGGAAAUGUGAGUGGGACAGAGAAAGACUAGAACUUGAUCGGAAAUUAAAAGAACAGUUGAAUAAAAACAAUAAAGAUAAAGCACACGAUAUAAUUCACGCGGAUGUGUUGAAAGCUUUAUCGCAAGCAUUGAAGAAAGCAGAGGAGGCUUAUUUGGAUAUAGCAGAUAAGAUGGUGAUGGAAAAUCCGGAAUUGGCGUUGAUGGGUUCUUGUGUGCUUGUAAUGUUGAUGAAAGGAGAGGAUGUUUAUGUGAUGAAUGUGGGUGAUAGUAGAGCGGUUCUGGCUCAAAAAGCUGAACCUGAUUAUUGGCUUGGUAAGAUUAGGCAAGAUUUAGAGAGGAUUAAUGAAGAAACUUUGCAUGAUCUUGAAGGGUUUGAUUUAGAUCAACCGAGUACAGUUUCUAAUCUAACUGCUUUUCAGCUUAGUGUGGAUCACAGCACGAGUGUGGAAGAGGAAGUUCAAAGAAUUAAAAAUGAACACCCUGAAGAUGCCUGUGCUUUGAUGAAUGACCGUGUUAAAGGUUCAUUGAAGGUCACCCGGGCUUUUGGUGCUGGCUUUCUCAAACAGCCAAAGUGGAAUAAUGCACUUUUGGAGAUGUUCAGAAUUGACUACAAGGGCACAGCUCCUUACAUCACUUGUUUACCCUCUCUAUACCACCACAAAUUAGGGCCAAAAGACAGGUUUUUGAUAUUAUCCUCGGAUGGGCUCUAUCAAUACUUCACAAACGAAGAAGCUGUUUAUGAGGUUGAACUUUUCAUCAAACUGCAACCAGAAGGAGAUCCAGCACAGCAUCUGGUUGAGGAAGUACUGUUCCGGGCUGCAAAGAAAGCUGGCAUGGACUUUCACGAGUUACUUGAAAUACCACAGGGGGAUCGAAGGCGAUACCAUGAUGAUGUUUCCAUCAUAGUAAUAUCCUUAGAGGGAAGAAUAUGGAGAUCUUUUGUGUAAGUAGAGAAAUUCCGAAGACAACAGAUAAAAGAUAUAGAGACAUCCACUAAAAAAGUCGGGCAUAUCCCUUUUUGGCAGUUCUUUUCCUGGUCGCCUUUGUAACAUAACAAUUAAGCUUCAUGAAAGUGUUUUGAGGAACUUAGUUGUGCAAGUUCUGGGUGAUAAAGGAGUGUAAAGGUGUAAAAGUUGGUUCUUGUUGAUUAUAAAUGUCAUAUAAAAUUGUAAUUUUCCACUAAUAAAUGACAUUCCUUUUAAAAAGGAUUUUGUUUCUCCAA